AUGAAAGGCCACGAAAUUUCCACUUGUAAGAGGCGCGAGUAUAAUAACGCCAGAGCUCAAAGGUUUCAAAAUUCCCCGCGCGUCAAUUUUGUUGAACUGCCUCAAGAGGAAGUAGGCUAUGAUGAAGUCGAUGAGGGUAACCAGCCCCAAACUCGCACCCUCUCUAAUUCACUGAGCCACGAACAGGGUAACCAGCCCCAAACUCUCGCUCAUCCUAAGGGUCAUGAACAGGGUAACCAGUCCCAAACUCGCACCCUCUCUAAUUCACUGAGCCACGAACAGGGUAACCAGCCCCAAACUCUCGCUCAUCCUAAGGGUCAUGAACAGGGUAACCAGUCCCAAACUCGCACCCUCUCUAAUUCACUGAGCCACGAACAGGGUAACCAGCCCCAAACUCUCGCUCACUCUAAGAGUUCUAAACAGGGUAAUCAACCCCAAACUCUCAAUCAUUCCAAAGAGGUGUAUGAAGUUCAUAUUGAUACUACGAAACGGCUUUUACCGCAUGUCCUGCUAGAGUCUCAAGCCUCAGAUAUUCCUCUAUCUCUGCUAGUCGAUUCGGGCUCCGCCAUUUGCCUCAUAAAAGAAUCAAGUAUCCGAUCUAAUCAAAAACUAAUUAAAGAACCUAUCAAACUCAAGGACGAAGAUCUCAUGGAUCUACUCGUAUCACCACCUUCUUUCAACCCUGACGAGUUAACUGCAGAUAUUCAGGAUCCCUGUGAAUAUGACACCGCCGAAUUGGCACAGUCGUCUGACCCUACCAUAGAACCUACUCUACCAACUGACCCUCCUUCAAAAGAUCCAAUAGAUCUAUUAGUACCACCUACUGAUUUUAACCCCGAUGACUUAAUCAUAAACUCCCAAGAUCAAGGUGAGCCUGUUAGAACUGAAAGUCAAAAUACACCUAACCUCAUCGUAGAGCCCGGUCCUCCUACAGACGAUUCUCUUAAUCUAAACCUACCUGAUGAUGACUAUCCCGCAUUCUUGAAAAUAAUUGCAGAUCAGGAAUGUCAUAAUUUAUUACAACCGAUAUCGGCGCGAUUCCAAGAUAUGAGUAAGGAGUUCUCUGCUAUUUCCCAUCUUCUAGACAAUAGAUCCAAGCGCAGUGCCUGGAUAGGUGUCAUGGGAACAGCAAUGAAACACAUAUUCGGUUCAUUGGACGAGAAUGAUGAGCUAAAUGCGGUUCCAGAUGGUAUUGAGCGGCAGCGAUUGUUCACGCCACCAUUGCAGCGAUUCAUUCCUCCUGUUGUUCUACAUUUCGCUAGUCAGAGAUCUGGAAUUGAAAAACGUUUGAUUGGCUUUCACUUCAGUCACAACUAG